UAUGACUGACAGAACCCGUGACUCGAGCCCUAUUCGUUUUAGAAGUUCGUCUCUCGACUCCCGAACGAGUUCUUUUCAGGUUCUGCCGAAGUUCAGUACUUGAUUUCCGUAUUUCCAAUAAGUCUGGAAAACCGAAACAGAAAAUGGCUCAUAGAACGGGUACAUUAAAUGAAGCCCAGGCUCGUCUUGAGCAUAAAAUGGCUGUUAAUCGCGACUACAUUUUCCAGCCGCGAAUGUCAUACAGGACUGUCUCUGGUGUAAAUGGUCCAUUGGUCAUCUUGGAUGAUGUGAAAUUUCCAAAGUAUGCCGAAAUUGUGAACCUGCGUCUCCAUGAUGGUACCAUCAGAUCUGGACAAGUGUUGGAAGUCAGUGGAAGCAAAGCUGUAGUUCAGGUCUUUGAGGGAACUUCUGGUAUUGAUGCGAAAAACACAGUGUGCGAGUUCACUGGAGACAUUUUGAGGACACCUGUCUCUGAAGAUAUGCUUGGUCGUGUCUUCAACGGCUCUGGCAAGCCAAUUGAUAAAGGACCCACAGUAUUGGCUGAAGACUUUUUAGAUAUUCAAGGUCAACCAAUCAACCCCCAUUCUCGUAUUUACCCAGAGGAAAUGAUUCAGACUGGUAUCUCUGCUAUUGACAUCAUGAACUCGAUUGCUCGAGGCCAAAAGAUUCCCAUUUUCUCGGCUGCUGGUCUCCCCCAUAACGAGAUUGCCGCUCAGAUCUGUCGUCAAGGUGGCUUGGUCAAAGUUCCUGGCAAAUCCGUUCUUGACGAUCACGAUGAUAACUUUGCCAUUGUGUUCGCCGCUAUGGGUGUCAACAUGGAGACUGCCCGCUUCUUCAAACAGGAUUUCGAAGAAAACGGAUCCAUGGAAAAUGUGUGCCUCUUCUUGAACUUGGCAAACGAUCCCACUAUCGAGCGUAUCAUCACUCCUCGUCUGGCUUUGACUGCGGCCGAGUUUUUGGCCUACCAAUGCGAGAAACACGUCUUGGUCAUUUUGACUGACAUGUCUUCGUACGCUGAAGCUUUGCGUGAAGUUUCUGCCGCCCGUGAAGAAGUACCGGGUCGUCGUGGUUUCCCCGGUUACAUGUACACCGAUUUGGCCACAAUUUACGAGCGAGCUGGUCGUGUAGAAGGGCGCAAUGGUUCCAUCACCCAAAUUCCCAUCUUGACUAUGCCCAACGACGAUAUCACUCACCCUAUUCCCGAUUUGACGGGUUACAUUACUGAGGGUCAAAUCUACGUUGAUCGUCAACUGCACAACAGACAAAUCUAUCCUCCCAUCAACGUACUUCCAUCUCUUUCACGUUUGAUGAAGUCCGCUAUCGGUGAAGACAUGACCCGAAAAGACCAUUCUGACGUUUCCAAUCAAUUGUAUGCUUGCUAUGCCAUUGGUAAAGACGUCCAAGCCAUGAAGGCUGUCGUCGGUGAGGAAGCUCUUACACCCGACGAUCUGUUGUACCUCGAGUUCUUGACCAAAUUCGAAAAGAACUUCAUCGCCCAAGGAAACUACGAAAACCGUACCGUCUUUGAGUCUCUGGAUAUUGGUUGGCAGCUGUUACGUAUCUUCCCCAAGGAAAUGCUUAAGCGUAUUCCUGCUAGCGUGUUGGCUGAGUUCUACCCUCGCGAUGCCCGCCAAGGCAAAUAA